AUGUCGGACUCUCGGCCUGUUCUGCGCCUAAAGCGCUGCGUUCUCCGGCCCUUUCGCGCCUCGGACGCCGGCCCCAUGCGCGAGGCCGCCGACGACCCGAUGGUUAUUCGUUACAUGCGCGACCGUUUUCCGCACCCGUACACCGAGGCCGAUGCAUUCGGAUGGCUGCGAAUGGCCAGGGCUGAGGGCAUGCCGGAAUGGAAAGAGGGCGAUCCAGGCCCCAUGCUCAGACCCUCAACCUGCUUGGACCUGGCAAUCUGCUUGCCUGACGACACCUGUAUCGGCAGCAUCUGUGUGCAGUCUCUUGGCGACGAUGGGACAGAAAGGCUCACCCGCGAGUUUGGCUACUGGAUCGGCCAGAAGUAUUGGGGUCGUGGCAUCACCAGUGAGGCUGCCUACGCGCUUUCUCGAUGGGCGCUCUCUCCUGCCGGCAGCAUCCUUGUCCCAACCGGUGAAAACUUGGAGCGUCUUGAUGCCUGGGUUUGCGGAUCUAACAAAGCCUCGGCCAGGGUUCUGGAGCGGUGUGGCUUCGUUCGCGAGGGUGUGCGCCGGAGCGCCACCAUUAAGAAUGGAACCCUUGACGAUAUCAUCGUUUACGGUCUCGUGCAGUCAGAUAUCAAGGCGCUAUAG